GGUUUUGUAUAGUUAAGGGACCUCGUAUAUCUGGUUUUGCGGUUCGAGGACGUUUUUUAAUCACGCUGACAAGUUGAGGGACCUUCGGUGUACUUUUUCCAAUCCACAUUUGCAACAAUCACGGUCACAUGAUGCGCGUGUGUUACGAGCAUGGCCCAUGUAUGUGACAAAGCCCAAGUUCAUCAGUCUCCCACUCUCUCUGCACCCAGCCCAGUCCGAGCAAUUUCUUUUACGUUGGGCCGAGCCCACCAUCUCCUGCUAGCUCAGCCCACUUAGCUCCGCCCCCAACCCCCCUCCACCUCGUCGACGUGCUCAGUUCCGGCCGUUCACCGCCGCCUCCAUCUCCCUCCUCGAAGCGCCUCCGCCGCCGCCGCCGCCGCCGAGGAGAGGUGUGUGUCGGCGAGCCCCUCACCUGACUCCAACCGCCGCCUUCGAUGGGGCGCGUGAGGCCUCUCCACCACGCGGCGAGGAGGCUGCUGCUGCUGUUCCCGCGGCCGAGGGCCUUCUCCUCCGCCGCCGCUGCCGCGCCCUCGCGCGAGCCGCUCCACGUCUGCGUCGUCGGCAGCGGGCCCGCCGGGUUCUACACGGCCGACAAGAUGCUUAAGGGCCAUGAAGGAGCACAGGUCGAUAUUAUUGAUAGGCUGCCGACACCUUUUGGGUUAGUUCGAUCUGGAGUGGCUCCAGAUCAUCCAGAAACAAAGAUUGUGGUAAAUCAAUUUUCUCGUGUAGCUGCAAAUGACCGCUGUCAAUUCUAUGGGAAUGUAACACUAGGAAGGGAUGUAUCUCUAUCAGAGCUUCGGAAGACAUAUGAUGUUGUUGUUCUUGCUUAUGGUGCAGAAAGUGAUAGGUCACUUGGUAUUCCUGGGGAGGAUCUGAGGGGAAUACAUUCGGCUCGAGAGUUUGUGUGGUGGUAUAAUGGACAUCCAGACAUGUGCAACUUGGCACCUGACUUGCAAAGCACAGAUUCUGCUGUUGUUCUAGGCCAGGGAAAUGUUGCUCUUGAUGUUGCCCGUAUUCUUCUUCGUUGUACAUCUGAGUUGGCUGCUACAGAUAUUGCUGAUUAUGCUUUGGAUGCUCUCCGUGGCAGCACAAUAAAGAAGGUAUACUUGGUUGGGAGAAGGGGCCCAGUACAGGCAGCAUGCACAGCUAAAGAACUACGUGAAAUUUUAGGUUUGAAAAACGUCCAUGUCUUCAUCAAGGAGGCUGAUCUUGUGACCUUGCCUGCAGAUGAGGAGGAGAUUAGGAAUAGUAGAAUUAAAAGAAGGGUGUACGAGCUACUAUCUAAAGCUGCAAUUGCGCAUAAAGGAAAGAAUAAUAAUGGCCAAAAGGAGCUUCACUUUGUGUUUUUUAGGAGACCUACCAGAUUUCUCCCAUCAGAAGAUGGUGUGACAGUUGGUGCCGUGCAACUUGAAAAGACUUGUUUAAAAGAUGAUGGUGUGGCUGGAAAGCAGGUCGCAGUUGGAACUGGUGAGUUUGAAGAUCUAAAAUGUGGGUUGGUCUUGAAAAGUAUUGGAUACAAAUCCUUGCCAGUGGAAGGUUUGCCCUUUGACAAAUACAGAGGAAUUGUCCCAAAUUUGAAGGGCAGGGUUUUGAGUAGUGAAUCUGAGAAUGCCACAGUGGAACCAGGGCUGUAUGUGGUGGGAUGGUUAAAGAGAGGGCCAACUGGCAUAGUUGCCACAAAUCUCCAUUGUGCCGAAGAAACAGUGGCGAGCAUCCUUGAAGAUGACAAGAAGGGGUUGUUCAUGGGACCUUCUGAUUCAAAAAAGCAAGGCAGGAGGGGACUCCUUGAGAUUCUAGAACAAAAGAACAUCCGCUUUGUUCCUUUUGAUGGCUGGGAAAAGAUUGAUUCUAAGGAAAAGAUGGCAGGUGAGCUGAAGAACAAACCUAGAGAGAAGAUAACAACCUGGAAUGAAAUCCUGAUGGCUUCAAACUAGGGAUGAAAGUGAGGGCAGUCAAUUUUGUUCUCUAGCAUGUCUUGUAGAAUUACAUUAAAGCCAAUUCUGCUCUUAUAGAGAUACCAGGAAUAAAGUUUCAACUGACUUUGGCAUAGUACACGGAAAAGCUAGAAUGGAAAGCUGUAACAAGUGAAGUAUUGCAACAAUGUGCAAAAGUGGUACUUCUUAUCAUACAAAUGGUUUCUCACUGUCCUGUGGUAUCCAUUUUUGAAACCUGGAGACAAUUCGUUGCCAACUUUGGAGAAAAUAUUAUUCCUGACAAUAUGCAUAA